UUCCCAAGCUCCAGACCACUACUACUCCAACUGAAAGCGAUGUAACAACUAGCACAGGUCACGGUGGAUCUGAUAGAUCCCGUCUUAGGCCUCUUACUACUACUGGUGGUAGUUCUCGCGGCCGGAAGCAGCGGAGUUCUGUUCGGCGCACCAUGGCUGAGCUGUUCAGCAGAAGUCCCGAUCCCGAUCCCACUCAUAUCGACCAAUCGAAGUCCUCCAAUCCCAGACAACCUGAACCCUCUACGCCCGAUCCGCCAUUCCCUAAUCUAUCGCCAUCUCCCGUUCUCCCUGAGGCCAUUGAUAUCCCUCACAUGAUACCCGGCGAACCUAUCAUCCGUGGCAACACUGAGACUCACACACCACCAGAACGCACAGGUGUGAGCUUAGAUACGCCAUCGUUGAUAGAUCGAACACCGUCAUCUUCAGCCGUCCCUGCUGGUGACGGAAAGAAAACAAUCAUUGCCGCCACGAGGCUUGUGCUCCAAACUGCCACCUCUGCUCUUAAGUUCGUCCCCAUUCCAAACCUCGAUCAGAUACCAAGCAUACUUCUGACGUGGCUGCAAGUUUAUGAGACUAUUGACAACAAUGACGAAAGUCUCAAGGGAUUAGACGAUGAAGUUCGAAACGCUCACGAAACGAUCUUUAGGCCCCUUUUGUUGUGGACUGGUCAGCUCCCUCCUGAAAUUCGCGAGCUAAUUCAACAAUUUAACUUGGCCCUAAGACAGCAAUUGAGGCGAAUUGAAGCGCUCAAACACCAAAAGCUUGCCAAGAGGGUAGUCCUAGCGAGUGAGAUAUCCCAGGAGAUAAAUGCGGUGAAGUCCUGUAUCAGUGAUGCUGUCUCCCGUUUCACGACUGCGGCGACAGCUCUAAAUCUCUUCCACACAAUUCGGUUAUCAGUGGACUGUUUGUUGCGCUCCCUUGUCCUUCGCUGCUUGGAAUUCAAUGAUAUUCCAGAUGAACUCUCGAAAUUCUACAAAGCGAAUGCGGAAUACUCUGCCGUGGAAAGCAAGUCGGAGUGCCUGGAAAACACCCGUGUCCAGAUUCAGGAAUCGAUACUCGAUCACUUGGAGAAACGGGAACACCGAUUUGUCUGGCUUCGCGGCUCUCCGGAACUGGAAAGACUGCUAUAUCAAUGAGUGUCGCGUCAACUCUCGACAGACAGGGUCGCUUGGCAGCAUCUUUCUUCUGGGACAAAAAUCGGAAGGGUGCAGGACUUGCUUCGAUUGAGCACUUUCCCUCCACUCUUGCACGUCAGCUUGCCUUGUUUAAUGCCGAGUACGAGGGUCUUCUCGUCAGUCGACUCCGACAACCUUCAUUGAAGGAUGUUCUUGGCUCCGCUCUGGAGAAACAAAUGAGAGCUUGGAUUAUUGAUCCAAUGAACAAACUCUUAUCAUUGGGUGAGGAGCGCUUCAUCAUCAUCUUGGAUGGACUGGACGAGUGUGGGGCUCAGGAGGAACUUGAGUCCUUAAUGAAGCUAGUACUUAUCCUCGAUGAGCUGCCGGCUGUAUUUGCUGUGUUUAUCAGCUGUCGUCCAGAG